CUGAUCAGCACACAGCCAAGAAACAGCACACCACAUGGACUACUCAGGCAGAGUCAAUUCAAAGAAGGGCGCUGGUGCAAUCGCAUCCUCCGAGGAGGAAAACGUGCAUCGAAAGAAGCGAAUCCAGGAAUUACUAGCCACACACAUACUCGAUCUAGACAACGAUCCCUACGUGUUUCGAAACCACUUGGGGUUCCUCGAGUGCAAGCUCUGUUUGACCACACACGUCAGCGAGUCGUCAUACAUCUCACAUCUCGGAGGACAGAAGCACAGACUCAACUUGGAAAGACGAAGGAUUCUCGACGAGAAGCAAAACAAGACGCAGGUAAGCCAGGUGGGGGAUAUUGUCAGUAUCAGCAACAUCGAGAAACGGAAAUGGAAAAAGAUUGGCAAACCCGAGUUUAAAGUGACGAAAAUAAGGCAUCCAGAGACAUUACAGCUAGGGCUACUAGUCAAUAUCAAGUAUCCCAAAAUUACAGUAACCGAGCCCUUUUUCAGAAUAAUGUCUUACUAUGAGCUAACCUCCAAGAACCAAGUCAUGUCAAGCGAGUUUAUACGCAAACUAGACGAAGACGAAGACCCAGACGAAGCGGCAGAAAGUUGUCAGUAUUUGGUGGUUUCUGGUGAACCGUAUGAGAAUAUUGCUAUUGCGAUCCCGGACAAAGAGAUUGACAAGCCGAAUGACGGCAUGAACGAAAAGUAUUGGUGGUUUUGGGAUAACGAUAUAAAGGAGUUUUAUUUGCAGUUUAUGUACAAGACCGAGACAUAGUGUUGCUUAGUGACACCAUGUCGUAUAUGUCAUACGAUACCACGCCGUGUCACGCCUGUAUAUAUAGAAUAUCAUAUGUAAGUUGUAUCUCCGACAGUAUCAAACAAUGCAC